AGAACAAGUGGGCGUUUAAAGAAGAUAACAGUAUCAUAAACUAUUCCGUUCAAUAGAUUAAUUAUUAAGAGUGGUUAAGGCCUCUUACCUUCGGUUUUGUUCAAGAUAUUUCAUUUGGCGUGGUAGAGACAUCAGUUUGGUAGUAAGUUUGAAAUAAAAAAAAAAUAAAAGCAAUGAUAUGGUGCCUGAACUCAACGGUUACCACACAGGAAAUUGCUAACUAUUUUUGGUAAGCUUGCGCUGAGUUGACACAGCUUUCCCCUGGGAUGGGGGGAGAGAAACGAGGACGUGACGUCACCAGAGCGGUUUUGGAGGCUCGAGGGUUUGGGAUUCUUAUGUGAAUUGUUUAGUUGGAUCGGCUUGUUUUCAACUGGAAGACUGGUGACUUUUUAUCCACGUGAAAUCAUUUUACCGUAAAAGAGACAAGGCUACACAUCUUCAACGUUGAAAUUCUGGUGGAAUGCUACGAACAGUUUGUAAAUGAGGAAAUUACCGGAUGGCGACCGCCGUGAUGAAAAUGGCGGCGGGUACAAAAUGAAGUACUAGUGGUACUAGGCAACGAUGUGUUCAUCGUUGGCCUUGAUUUUCUGACAAGCAAGCGUUAUGUUGUUGUUCGGUGUAUGCCUUUAGCUGUCUAACGUAUAUCAUGACUGCUACUGUAUCAAGACUUUCGUGGUUUUGAUGCUAGAGGCUAAGUCGGCUGAAGGUUUAAAUUUCAAUUCAACGGGUCCUUGAGGGAAGUCGUGUCAUCAUCGAUUUAAAAUGAACUCUACAAAGGCUAAGGACUCGGACAAGGCUUCAGAGGCAUGUUGCAUGGCCUUCACUCCACAGAGCUCGCCAACCCGUGGUGGGGAGGUGAUAUUUAUUACAUACUCAGAUGAUUUUCCACUACCAGACAAUGGAGAAUUUUACCUGGUAUUUGAAGGAAAAAGUCAGCGGCAUGUAACUACAGCACAACAAAUAAAUGCAUAUACUCUACGUGCAGUUGUGCCAGGUACAAAGUAAUCCCUCUAUGCAUGUAUUACUACAUAUGGAUGUAAUGGCAAUAAUACAGUCGAACCUCUGGUUGCAACCACCUAUACAGUAAGCGACCACCUCUCCUCAACAAC